GAGAAAUAGAGUGAGAGAGAGAGAGAGAGAGAGAGAGAUAGAAAGGGAUGGAGAGUAACACCUGUCCUGACCUGGUCAAUCAGACUUUUUCGUUCUUUAUCGUGGUAACGAACGUUGACGAAAUAUUACGAUUUAAUCAACAUUAUUUCAUUUCACAAUUAUAAUCUUAAAUUAUAAUGAUAAAAAUUAAGUGUUAUUAAAAUAAGUGCCUAUUAAGUGUUACUCUCGUCCAUUCACUUUCUUCUGUCAAUUGAAUUCUUGUUAAAUGAAGUUUUAUUCAAUGAUAUAUCACAGAAGACAAUUAUUAUACAAGUGGAAGGGUCACUCUCGUCUCUCUCUCUUGCAAAACAAUAUUAACUUACAUUAAGUGAUGUCCUCCUCCUCCUCCUUCUCCUCCUUCUCCUCUUGUGUGUCAGGAUGAAAUGAUUUGUGUUCCAUGCUUUUUUUCUAUAAACUCUCCCUCCUUCUCUCUCUUUCUCUCUCUCUCUCUCUCUCUCUGUAGGCAUUUACAGUUUUCAUGAAUUGAACGUGAUAUGAUAAUAAUGAUCAAGUUUAAUACAAAGAAAUAACAAUUCAUAAUGUGCCGGUGUUGUAAAAAGCACUGUUAGAAGGCACAAAUGCUAACAGACAGUUUACAAUUAAUACGAAUAUGGCUUAUAAUCCACAUAAUGUGAAAUAUCCAUCCGAAAUACAUGACCAUCCACAAGGAAACAUGACCGGAUACGCAUAUCCAACUCAUCCACCGCAACACGUACAACAAACAACCGACGAAAAUAGAAAUGAAAAUAAUAAUUGUGGUAAUAAGGAGACAUGUCCACAAAUAUCUCAUCAAUCAUCCAGCACGCAGACCAUUCAAAAAGUAGACGCUGCUACUAUGACCGAUCCCUUGCAAAUAGAUUUCAGACUUACUUCGGAAUAUUUGGCACGUUGUUCUAGUACUUUAGGUUUACCAUAUGUAACUAAAUAUGAGGAUAAUAGUAAUAAUUCUUCGUCACACAAUUGUCAAGAAGUUAGACCCAAGCUUGAAUAUGAAGUAGAACCACAACACAUUAAUGGUAUGUUGAUAUACCAUUGUCCAGAAUGUGCAUACAGAUUUGAAGAUCGUGAAGCAUUGCACGAACAUCUUGAGGAUCAUCGACAACGGCCUCAUAUUUGUGAUAUCUGUGGUGCUAGCUUGAAACGUAAAGAACAUCUUGAUCGACAUAAACAAGGUCAUAACAAAGAUAGACCUUAUCAAUGCAACAUGUGCUGUAAAGCAUUCAAACGUAAUGAACAUCUUGCACGACACAUGAUCAUUCAUUCAGGCAGUAAAAAUCAAAUAUGUACCGAAUGUGGUAAAGCAUUUUACAGGAAGGAUCAUUUGAAAAAGCAUUUACAGAGUCACAAUAGUAGUAGAAAUAAAAUAUUAAAUGGCACGCAAAAUAACCAAAAUGGUCAAAGUACUAAUGAAGAAGGACUUAGUAGUUUUGCUAUGAUGAUGAGACAAGCUGGACCGCCGCCAUUUUCAAUUUUGCGUACUUAGCUUUAAAACAACAAAUCUUGUUGCAUUUUGUGGGUUGUUUUGUUUGUUUUUUUUUUCUUAAUUCAAUCAUGAGCAAAGAAAUCCUUUUUAUAUAUAUAUAUAUAUAUCUUAGGGGAAAAAAAACAAACGAAUUUUUCAAAAGGGGUUGGAAACUUGAUUAGAAUUUUGAAUAUUGAAAGAUAACAAAAUAAUAAUAUUUGCUAAAUGACAAUUUAUCGAGCAAGUUCAAUGUUUUAUUGCGCUUCUUAAAAUGUUUGUAUCGAUAUGAGCAGAAACAGUAGCAGCAGAUGAUGAUGAUGAUGAUGAUGAUGAUGAUGAUGAUGAUGAAAUAUUAUUAAUAAGCUUUCAUUAU